AUGGACAAGCGGCACAUGACAGUCACGGCCAGGGGGUUUGGGCCGCUGUUGCAGUUCGCCUACACCGCCAAGCUGUUGCUCAGCAGAGAAAACAUCCGCGAGGUCAUCCGCUGUGCCGAGUUCCUGCGCAUGCACAACCUGGAGGACUCCUGCUUCAGCUUCCUGCAGACCCAGCUCCUGAACAGCGAGGAUGGCCUGUUUGUGUGCCGAAAGGACGGUGCGUGCCAGCGCCCGCACGAGGACCGUGAGAACAGCGCCGGAGAGGAAGAGGAGGAAGAGGAGGAGACGAUGGAUUCGGAGACGGCCAAGAUGGCUUGCCCCGGGGACCAGAUGCUUCCAGACCCCAUCAGCUUUGAGGCCACUGCCAUCCCAGUAGCAGAGAAGGAAGAAGUUUUGCUGCCGGAGUCCGACGUGCCCGCGGACACCAAGGAGAGCGCGGCAAAGGACGCGUUAACGCAGUACCCCAGAUACAAGAAAUACCAGCUUGCAUGUACCAAGAAUGUCUAUAACGCAUCAUCACACAGUACCUCAGGUUUUGCAAGCACAUUCAGCGAAGAUAACUCUGGCAACAGCCUCAAGCCGGGGCUUGCCAUGGGGCAGAUUAAAAGCGAGCCGCCCAGCGAAGAGAACGAAGAAGAGAGCAUCACGCUCUGCCUGUCUGGAGAUGAGCCUGACGUCAAAGACAGAGCCGGGGACGUGGAAAUGGACCGGAAACAGCCCCGCCCCGCCCCCGCGCCCGCCCCCGCCCCCCCUGCCGGGGCCGCCUGCCUGGAGAGGUCCAGGGGCGCGUCCUCCCCCUCCUGCUUAAGGUCUCUGUUCAGCCUAACAAAAAGUGUGGAGUUGUCCGGCCUGCCCGGUACCUCUCAGCAGCACUUUGCCAGGAGUUCCGCGUGCCCUUUUGACAAGGGGAUCACUCAGGGUGACCUUAAAAGUGACUACGCCCCUUUCCCGGGGAAUUACGGACAGCCCCACAUGGGCCAGAAGGACGCAUCCAGCUUCACAGUGGGGUCGCCCCUCAAGGGGCCCGGGUUGGAGGCGCUCUGUAAACAGGAAGGAGAGCUGGACCGGAGAAGUGUGAUCUUCUCCUCCAGCGCUUGUGACCAAGUGAGCACGGCGGUGCCCUCGUACUCUGGGGUAAGCGGUUUGGACAAAGACCUCUCCGAGCCGGUGCCAAAGGGCCUGUGGGUGGGGGCUGGCCAGUCCCUCCCCAGCUCACAGGCCUACCCUCACGGUGGGCUGAUGGCUGAGCACUUGCCAGGAAGGAUGCGGCCCAACACCAGCUGCCCGGUGCCAAUCAAAGUCUGCCCUCGCUCGCCCCCCUUGGAGACCAGGACUAGGACUUCCAGCUCGUGUUCCUCCUACUCGUACGCGGAGGACGGGAGCGGGGGCUCGCCCUGCAGCCUUCCUCUCUGCGAGUUCUCCUCCUCGCCCUGCUCCCAGGGCGCCAGAUUCCUGGCCACAGAGCAUCAGGAACCAGGCCUGAUGGGAGAUGGAAUGUACAACCAAGUCCGACCCCAGAUUAAAUGUGAGCAGUCUUACGGCACCAACUCCAGCGACGAAUCCGGAUCGUUCUCGGAAGCAGACAGUGAGUCGUGUCCUGUGCAGGACAGGGGCCAGGAGGUCAAACUUCCCUUUCCUGUGGAUCAAAUCACAGAUCUUCCAAGGAAUGAUUUCCAGAUGAUGAUUAAGAUGCACAAGCUAACCUCAGAGCAGUUAGAGUUCAUUCACGACGUCCGCCGGCGCAGCAAGAACCGCAUCGCGGCCCAGCGCUGCCGCAAGAGGAAGCUGGACUGUAUUCAGAACUUAGAAUGUGAAAUCCGCAAACUGGUGAGUUGGCCCGCCCUUUGCUGUCAGCAAUCUGGAGCGACCGUGGCUGACGCAAAGUUACAGUAGCGAAGGCCAGAGAGGUAGAGAGAAGGCCACCGUUCAGAAUGGGAAGUUCGAGUUGAUUUUUAAACGAGUUCUCAACAAAAAUAAUAGCUUUACAUCUGUAAUGCGUGUGUCUGUGCAGGUGUGUGAUUGUGUGUCAGUAUUUUAUAUCUUUUAGCCAUUCGUAUAUUUUUUUUAAAUUUAUUGCCAUAUAGUUGAUUUACAAUGUUGUGUUAAUUUCUUCUGUACAGCAAAGCGACUCAGUUAUACAUAUAUAUAUUCUUUUUCAUAUUCUUUUCCAUUAUGGUUUGUCACAGCAUAUUGAACAUAGUUCCCUCUGCUCUACAGUAGGACCUUGUUGUUUAUCCAUUCUGUAUAUAAUAGCUUGCCUCUGCUAAUCCCAAACUCCCAUUCCUUCCCUCCCCCUAGAGGUGUUUCUUUUUUAUUUUCCAUUCAACAUGUGCUGAGAGCUAACAUUUAUUGCAUGCAUAUGUGGACCAGAUAUUAUUCUAAUCUCUUUCUGUAGGUGAUCACAUGUAAUCCUCACAUCAACCCUAUGAUUUAGGUUCUACUUUAUCUCCAUAUACAAAGGAGGAAACCAGAGUGCAGAGAGGUUAGGUAACUCCCCACUAUGUGGCAGAGCUUGAAUGCAAACCCAGCUGCCUGAUUCCAAAUCUUGUUAUUUGCACUGCUUUCUCCCACCUCCCAUGGAGGAGUGUAGGUUAGAGGCAGGACACCAGCCUACCAUCAGGGGUCGCUCAGCCACGUGAUCUCCUGAAGCCCUUCACAGCCCCAGGGUUCUGAAUUCUGCCUCAAAGUGGCUGUCACCUCCUCCCUGUGCCUGAGAGUAUUUUGUCUCGGGGAAUAAUCUCCCAUCUCCCAAGCCUCCCCCUCACUCAGAGCUCUGCACUCCCUUCUCCUUGAUAAGCAACCUUAAGCUACAGGAAGUAAAUCCAGGUGGCCUCUGGUUCCUGACUGUACCCUUGAAGGCAAUUAAUGCAACUUCAUUCAGCUCAGCCUUUCUGCCGGCCAAGUCCUGGAAGCUCAUCCCAGGUGCCCUGUCUGUGUCAGGCUGAAGAAGAGGGAGGCCACAGACUGUGGUCAUGAUCUAAGUUUGGGUCCUCAGGCUAUACGUGGCAGUCCUUUGCCUCCUGGUAAGCCGCUGUCCUAACGAGAACCUGAGAGCAAAAUAAGACAUUUGAGAAGCCUGAGUAAAUGUUACCUGUUAUCAAGAUAGUCCUGGACCUCGGGGUCUUUUUUUUCUUUUCUCUUAAUUUAAUUAACACCAACCAAGCAGGGAAAAUGUGCCCACGUUCAGCGGCUGCCAUCACCUACAAAAUAAAGGCCAAGCUCCUUAGCAAGAUGCACUGUGUUCUCCAUGAUUCGGUCUACCCUCCAGCAUCACCUUCCUCUCCCUUCUUGGAACUGGACCCCCAAUUAAAUCAAACUGGAUGCACUUCCCCUCAGCCCCAUCUCCCGCUGUUUCUACCUCUGUGCUUAUGCCUCUGCUAUUUCUCCUCUACCUCGCACAGUCCUCGACUGGUUUUUUUUUUAUCUGACUACCUCCUUUGUUCCUUAAGAGUCAGGUUACUGUCACCUCUCCAAUAAGCCCCUUUCCUGAGUCCCUGGUGAGGCUGAGCACCUGUCCUCAGAGCCCUGAUCUGACCUCUGGCUUCAUACUUACCACAUUAGUCUUGCAGUAUCUGUGUAUGUGUCUGUCUCCUCAGCCCUGGCCCUAGACUGUAGGUUCCUCACAACAAGACAGUCUUGAGAAGCCUCUCAGGAAAUGUCUGUUGCCCUAAAAUGUAUUAGAAAUUGUGACUGAGUCAUGAGAUUACAAAUUCCUUCUUUCCUUCAAAGUUUUCUUUCAUGUUGUUUUAACAACAA